UCGUGGACGAAUGGCAAGUCGUGAGCACCGCCUGCGAACCGGCAUUGACUCCCCGACGAGCGGUCAGCCCACCCCACAAGCGAGCCCCAGUACACCAAGUUCCAUCCGAGACAGUCUGGCGCCGAGCUCGAAUCCAAGCCUCCACGCCUUGCAAGAACCCAACCGUCCGACAUGUCUGCUCCCUACUGGGGCCAGCUCCCACCACCUCAGGCGGGCCAAACCAGAGCUCGCCGCUUGUCCGAGGAACAGGACCCGUUGACAGAUCGGCGCCAGUCAUUGGACGCCCCGGUCCAGGGACAACCGCGAUCGAACCGCAUUUCCGUUCAGACUACAAAAUCCGAUGCGCCGACCGAUUCGACCUUCAGUCCCUUCGUGUCGCCAACCGCCUCUAGUUUCCAGGGUCAGGGACUCACACCACGACCGCCGUCUCUGCCGUACGCCGCCGACCAAUACCCACCCGAGCUACUCGAGAACCGUCGCCGGCGCAAGAGUCGAAACCAGGAGCAGGAGGCCGAUUAUGCUGCCGUGACCGACGCGCUACCCCCCGCCGCUCCCGACGUACCCCGCGCUCCGCCUUCGAGCUCCAAGUACCCGCCUGCGAGCGGCGGACCAUUAUACCAGAAUCAACCGUCGCCCCAAGGAAUUGGUCGCCAGGGCAGCCAGAGGGAGACUGAGGAACACCGCCGGAGGGAGAAGUACCCGGUCUCGGACCGCACCCGCAAUAUGUUGGAAGAAUCUGCCAUGCCGCGGCCCCAGAGGGUCACCACCGAUCCCACCCUCGGCAGGAUGUCCCCGCUGCCCAAUGGCCGCCGGAGGUCUGCCGCCGAGCAGUCGCUACAAAGGAGCGCCCGUCGCACAUCGACCAGCACCGCAACAGACCGACCCAAAGCGUUCGCAGACGUCCGAUCACCACUUCAAAGGCUUGAGCUGACGCUCGACAGCAUCUCCAAGGAGGACAAACGGGCGCGUGUCGAGGCUGCCGAGAGGGCUGCCCGAGAGAGAGCAGCGGCGAAGGAGGGGAUCGCUCAAGACGAAAGGAGCCCACAGCAGGUGCGCUUCCACGAGCGACCAACCCCUGGGGCCGCCGGGGAUAGCCCUGCCAUCCCGAUAACACCCACAAGACCGGCGCAGCAUUCUGCGGGACAGAAUGCGCAAAACGGCCCCCUCUCGCAGAACCCUCCCGAUGAAGGACGGAGGCAUAGCACAUCUGGCGGACCGUCCCCGAGGGGACCAAACCCCGAGUCACGGAUUCCCGCCCCUAUCCAGUCGUCCGGAAUCCCGCAGCGCAACCUCAGCUUUCGCGAGCGCGCCGCGAGGACGGACGGAAAGAUACCCAAUAGCCUCGACUCUCCUGCAUCCAAGGAGACAACAACCCCCACGGCCGGCCCCGAUGGCCGCACUCCGCCGAGGAGUGGCAGUAAUAGGUUAAGGAAAAACCCUCCGGGCGACAUGUGGCCCAAUCGCAUCUCGGAAACGGACGAGAUUUACAACACGGGCGAGGUAGUUGCCCAUACUCCGCGGGUGGUAGGCGGGCCUGGCAUGCCCACCAACACCCGAGCCACCAACCCCCCUGAGCGGCGCCAAUUCGAGCCAGCGGCCAAGGCUCCCCCCACCAGGGAUCCUAACCUCCUUGACGACGAUUUCGCCGAAGAGUUUAUGUUGUACCCGUCUACAGGGAAACUAACCAAAUCACCCAGCCAGAGAAAGGCUAACCAGAUUCUGGGCCGUGGUCCGACCCAGACGGCUGCGACAGAUGGGGAUCAAAACGCUGUCUCGUUCAGGGCCAUGACCUCCCCUGCUGCAGCCAUGAACCCCCCGGCAUAUCCUCCCGGAGGAGAGACCCGCGAACCUCAUUUCGGGCCUCCUGGAGAACACGAAACCCACACCGAUGCCAGCGGGCAACGGCACCACGUAUCGGACUACCUCUACAACGCCCGCGAUAAGUUCCAACCCGGCCAGGGCAUCUUUCAGCCGAGCAAGUUCCUGGAGGAAUGGAAGGGAGCGAAUGUAGGGGCCCUUUCAGGCGGCCUCCUCGACCUCGAGGAUGUGCCGGCUUCGGGGGAGAAGAACGCCGCGUUGGUGGACGCAUCACAGUCCCGGCUGCGGAGUAACAGCCUGUCGUCACGACCGAAGAAAGCGGAGGCAUUUGAAGGAGAAUAUGAUGAGACAAACAACGGUACGCGUACCCCUAAUCAACAGGCAGUCUAUCCUAGCAUUCGGGAGGUGCAGAGCGGGGAUUUCCACCUUCAGUCCACUAGCAGUUUUGGUGCCGGUUCCUUGUUCGAGCCUCAACACCUCGCUUCUCGGCGAGCGAGGGCCCGCGCUAAGCGUUGGGACGGGUUGCGUCCCUUCAGCCCGAGUCCUUCCGCGAACGAUUCCCAAGACAGUCUCGGCUGCUUUUCGUUGUCUAGCAACGAUGCGGCCUUCUCCCGACUAGCUUUGCCAUACUCCUCUCCGACGAGAUUCAAGCCGCCGCUCUAUCUCAAGUGCGGCCCGCUGCUACGGUACUGCGGUAUCCGACAUGAGCGGGUGCCGAACCGGCCCUCCCGGACCGGCGCUGCCGUUGAACGGGAGAUCUGGAGGGGCUCCAUCAUGAUCGUGACGACAGAUUCCGACUCGUCUUACGAUAUCGCCCCUAUCCUGAGACUGUUUGCCCAGCCGAUCGAGCUGCUCCCGCCGCCGCCGAGGGAGGUUCAGGGCGACCUGGCGCCCGAGUACAUCGACCCGAUCGCCGGACAUCCCAAACUCGGCCGAAAAGGCGAGACCUUGUACGUCCGACCGGUCGACCAUCUCGAGGAGGGCAAGGACGUCUCUAGGAACGAGACAGACGAGGGACUGUAUGAGAAGUCACGAAGCCCGCCGGAGGUACCCUUACCCGAUGGCAUGAUCGACCCCCCGGGCUCGUUCGCCGCUCGGAGGAAGCGGGCCGAGAUGGACGGUGAGAAGGCCGGCAAGUACAAGGACAUCCGGGGCUUCAGGCUGCACACCGAGCGCGGCUAUACCUUCUGGAGGUUCAACGUCGAGGUCGAGCUCCGCGAUAAGCAACAACGCAUCGCGUACCGCAUCAACCGCGGCCCCUCGACGGGCUUCUGGGUCCCCGCCAAGGGCCAGAGCAUGAACAUCAUGUUCCACAGCUGCAACGGCUUCAGCCUGAGCGCCGAUUCCAACCAGUUCACCGGGCCGGACCCGAUGUGGCGCGACGUGUUGAACAGCCACCAGAGCCAACCGUUCCACGUCAUGAUUGGCGGCGGCGACCAGAUCUACAACGACCGGUGCAUGCAGGAGACCACCAUCUUCAAGGACUGGCUGAUGACCAAGAACCCGCUGCACAAGCACAACGCGCCCUUCACGCCGGAGAUGCAGAGCGAGCUCGAGGAAUUCUACCUCGAACGCUACGCCAUGUGGUUCUCGCAGGGCCUCUUCGGCAUGGCCAACUCGCAGAUCCCCAUGGUCAACAUGUACGACGACCACGACAUCAUCGACGGGUUCGGCUCGUACCCCCACCACUUCAUGAACUCGCCCGUCUUCUCGGGGCUCGGCAACGUCGCCUUCAAGUACUACAUGCUCUUCCAGCACCAGAGCGUCAUGGCCGAGACGGAGAAGACGGAGCCGAGCUGGAUCCUCGGCACGCGCCCGGGGCCGUACAUCACCGAACUCAGCCGCAGCUUGUUCAUGUUCUUGGGUGGCAAGGUCGCGCUGCUGGUGGUCGAUUCGCGGACCGAGCGGACGCGCGAGGAGGUGAUGCGCGAGGAUACGUGGAAGAAGAUUAUGGACCGGUGCUAUGGGGAGAUCGACAAGGGGAAGAUCGAGCAUUUGCUGGUGGUGAUGGGCGUGCCCAUCGCGUAUCCUAGGCUGGUGUGGCUGGAGAACAUCUUGACUUCCCGCGUCAUGGACCCUGUCAAGGCGCUCGCCAAGCUGGGCAUGUUCGGAGGCCUGCUCAACCGCUUCGACGGCGGCGUCGAGGUCCUCGACGACCUCGAUGACCACUGGACGGCCAAGAACCACAAGCAGGAGCGCGCCCUCGUGAUUGAAGACUUGCAGGAUUUGGCCGCGGACAAGUCGAUGCGCGUUUCAAUCUUGAGUGGUGACGUCCACCUGGCGGCAAUCGGGCAGUUCUACUCGAACCCCAAGCUCGGCCUAGCCAAGCACAAGGACUUCCGCUACAUUCCCAACAUCAUCUCCUCUGCCAUCGUCAACACGCCGCCACCGGACCUGCUCGCGGACGUGCUGAACAAGCGCAAUAAGGUGCACCACUUCGACAAGGAAACGGACGAGGACAUGAUUCCCAUUUUCGGUCACGGCGUCGACGGCAAGCCGCGCAACAACAAGCAUCUCCUCCCGCACCGCAACUGGUGCGCCAUCCGCCAGUACGUGCCCGGCCACACGCCCCCGCCGACACCUGGUGGGUCGGCCUACGACAUCACCUCGCAGUCCGGAGAGGUCCGCAAGCGGAGAAGCAGCAUCUUCCGCCGCCUCUCCAUUUCCAGGUCCAAAACCACCGGUCCCGACGGCGGUCCCAAGGACAGGUCCCGCCCUCCCGUAUCGGGCGGUCUGCUGAAGUCGCUCUCCCGCCGCGCCGUCGCCGCCAGCGCCGACGACCUCGGCAAGCCCGGCCCGCCCAAGCCAGGCUUCCUCACCCGCACCAUGUCAUCAUCCUCCGUGUCGAGCCGCAUCGGCGGGCUCUUCCGCCGCGGCAGCAGCGCCAGCAGGCGCGACGACGGCGGGAUCAACGGCACGUGGGGCGCGGACACGGACGAGGAGGAAGCCCAGUACCAGCAGCAGCAGCAGUUCGACCAUCCCCGUGGCGGCGUCGGGAUGCGCGGCGGCCUAGGCGGCGAGUACGCCCACACCACCCAGACAAGCGGCGGCGGCGGCGGAUACAACAGCGAGUACGACCAGGGCGACGAAGGGUUCUUCACCGUCAAGCCGGCCCCGCCGGCCCCCUCCAGCGGCGGCUACUCGGACGACUACCGCCCGCCCGUCCCGCCCAAACCGGUCAUGACGGGCGGCGCAGGCGUCGGCCCGCAGCAGCCGCAGCAGCAGGGCCAGGGCCAGCAACAGGGUGCCGGUGCCGCCGGUGUGGGAGAGGAGGCGGGCUUCGUGCCGAAACCGUUCCACCGCGCCCCCACCACGCUGUCGGUCAAGCAGCGCAAGACGUUCCGGCCCGAGGACUAUGCCGUCGACCUCACGGGUGCCAUGGAGGUCACGCUCAACGUGGAGAUCAGUCCCAAGGAUCCCGGCGGGAGCACGGUGCCGUAUCGGUUGGUGGUGCCGCGGUUGUGGUAUGAGUAUGAGGGGGAGGGUGAAGAGGAUGGGGAGGGGGAGGGGGAGAGUGAGGAGGGUGAGGGGGUUUCUGGUGCUGGUGCUGGUGCUGGUGCUGGUGCGCAGCAGAGGGGGGUGGGGAAUAUGGGGUUGGCGCCGCCGGGGGAUCGUCCGGGUGUCGGGUUUGAGAAGGGGGUUGGUGUGGGUGAGAGGGGUGGGGAGGUGGAGGGGGGUAUUGGAGGGGGUGUGGUAGGGGUAGGGGAGCCGAAGAAGGCGGGGAUCAAGAGGUUGUUGAGUUUGAGGAAGAGUGGAUGAGGGAUGUGAGCGUGUUUGACACAGCUGGGUUUUUGGGUAUGAUAUGAGAAGAUGGUGGGGUUCUUUUGGCGUUUCAUGAUAUGAGAUAUACGGUUGGGUGGCUGACAUGAUUUGAUGGAGAUAUGAGUGAUGGAUAUGGACACGGGGUUCUUCCCUGAUCGGUCGUUGGUCCCAAGGGGUUUGGUUACUUUUCUUGAGCUGGCGCUGGUUACCCGGUAUUUUUCUUUGAGUUCGAAACCAGGGGGGUAAAA